AUGCAUACAAGCAGCUGGGCAGCAUACAGACCCACUGCAUUCAGAGGAGGCCUGAAUCAAGGAUAUGGAACACUCGGCUUUGGAGGAGCUACAAACCUUGGGACUGGCCUUGGGGCAGCCGGGCUGGGCCUCGGCGCAGGGUAUGGCUUGGGCAACGGGUUGGGAGCAGCCUUAGGUUAUCCAGCCGGGAAGCUCGGAGGAAGAGGUUACACCAGUAAUGGCUAUGGAGCGCAGCUAGGUUAUGGUGCAGGAGGAUACCUCGGCGCUGGUCGCGGAUAUGGCCUUGGUGCUGCUGGCUAUCUUGGAGCUGGUUUUACUAAUGGAUAUGGAACAGGUCUUGGGGCAGGUGGAUAUCCACAGGGAGUUCGAGCAGGAAAGCAGAUUGGCUACAGCAAUGGAUUCGGCAGUGAGGUUUAUGGCACAGCAGACGGUUAUGGGGCAGGACCUGGCUACCCAUCAGUGUUAGCUGAUAACAUUGGCCUGAACGGUAUAGCUGGUCUUGGAGCUGGAGGCCUUGGAGGUCCAGGGCUGGUGGUGAACCCUGGCCUGGGUACUGAUGCCAAGUCUAGAAAGUAUGGGGCUGGUGGAGUUCUUGGAGCUGCCGGAUCCUUGCCUUACGGUGGCCAGCCUGUGGUCUCAGCUGGACUUGGCCCUCAGGGCAAGACUGGUACUUAUGGUGGAACUACAUACAGAGGAAUACCAACCCUUGGGCCAGACACUGCUUUGGGUGGUACAGGUGGAGCAAUGGAGCCUUUAGCAGGUGGAGCUGUAGGCCAGAUUCCUUACAGCGCACCAGUCAUUGCAGCUGGGCUUGAGGUUGAUGCUGAUUAUCCUUUUGGUGCUGAGCAACUCAAUCUGGGUGCUGAUGCUACAAAGACAGCCGCCAAAUAUGGCACAGGCUAUGUGGCUGCACUAAGUACUGCUGGUCAGGGGCCCUAUGGUGGACAGAAGGAUGGAAGCAAGCUUAGUGGCAUUUAUGGGAAUGGGUACAAAGGUUGAUUUCCAAGGCCAUGUUGUUAACCUCGUCAGUGUGGUGGUGUUGUUGUUGUUUUUUUGGCCCCAAUUUUGCCUAUUAUUCCUCACUGUUGUGCAGCUUUGUGCCUUGUUUUUGUUUGCCAUAUUGUUUUAGUUUUAGGUUUAUGCUCAUUUGUGUGGGCAUGUGUGUAUACGUGGGGUUUUGAUGUUCAUUGUGCUUGAUGUUUGCCCAGUCUGUUCAUUUGUCUUGUCCGGUGGAGUGUUUAAUGUCCCUUGUGUGUCUCUGUAUCGAACUAAAACAUGCUAAGCACUUCAUUGGCGGUUAUUUUAAUUCUUAUGAAACACUAAAUAUUUCCCCAUCUAAUCUGACUCCUUAAUGUUUUUUGACAACAAUAUGAUCAAUG